AUGAUCGCUGCUAAAAGCAAAAUUUCCGUCGCGCUGCUCGCAGUCGCAUUAACCCUGUCCAACAAUGCCGAUGCCAAGAUCAUCCGAUCGCCCGCUUACCAUGCCAGACACGCCAACACCUGGCAACAAGGUCAGACCGGCACGAACCAGUGCACGCAGUGGGGCAAGUCGUCUUCCGAUUCCAUGUGCCAGAACAUCUUUAUCAACUCCAUCGACGAUUGGUGCGUCUUUUCCGCCCCCACGCCCAACAGUGAGGUCGGCAACACAGAGCGCGAGGAAGUCGCCUGGUGCACAAAGUCAGGCUACGGAACGAGGCUCAUUCCCGACGGCACGGUCACUGGUGCUCACUUUAUCAAGACGAAGCGUUACGUUCAAGUGACUGCCCGAGGAGACUUCACCAAGCUCAACAUUGCCAAGGGAGACGCUGGUGGUGAGCUCGAUCCUCACGGUGCCGACGGUAACGGCAACCCCAUCGGUGGUCUCGUCUUCUCUACCGCCUUCAGCAAGGACGGCAGACCGUCUCAGAUCCACGAGUGGAUGAACUACAUGUCGGACUCGGAGCUCUGCAUUCGUGCCUGCAAGAGCAAGUCGGGACAAGAUCAAGCCCUUUGCCAACACAUCUACGACACCAUGGGUUGCUCCUGGGUCAUGCCCGGAAACUAUGACGAGCACACUUUCGACAGCUGCGAGGCCGACGUUGCUCUGCCUCCUGGCAUUUACGGAAGCAGCACCUUCUUCCAAGACCACGGCAAUACGCCCGAGGCGCACCCUGCCCCUAGCAGCUCCAACUGCAAGUCUGCAGCAAGCAUCACCAACGGUGACACGACCGCUCUCACCGCCGUCGCCAAGAACGCGAGCAGCGGCGGCAGCAGCAGCAGCAGCACCACGACGACGUCUAGCGCUACCGCCACCGUCACCGCCAAGGUCAACGCCGCAACUUCGUCCAACGGCCGCGCUCUCGCUGCUGCCACUUCAUCUCCAUCCGGGUUCAGCGGAAAUGGAGCAGAGAUGAAGGGUGGCAAUGCCGCUGCUGGUCUCUUUGUCGCAGCAGGUGCAGCCCUCGUAGCAGCCAUCGCUGUUCUCUAA